UUUGUUUUCAAUCACAACAAACAUAUGUAACAAGUUAACAACAUACAUACACAUAUAUAUAUGGUACUAAGCUAUACGCUAGCUAGUUACAAAAUUAUUUAAUUAUUACCACUUUUCUUGUUACCAUUUUUCUCAUUUUAGUAUAACAUUAUGGAAGUUGUAUUGAGGUUUGUAGAGAGUCCUCCCUACUACGAACCACCAUCGCAACAUCAUUCUGAUUCGUCUCGGCCCACUUUAGGAUUUCCUCUCGGUACCGCCUUACUCUUGAUCAUCAUAUUCAGCCUCAGCGGUUUUUUCUCUUGUUGUUAUCAUUGGGACAAGCUUAGACAUCUUCGCGGAUCCUCGUCUCAUCCUAAUUCAGAUGACUUACUUUCCAAACCAAAUCCAAAAUCCCCGGAAAAGAAGCAAAUAGAGAAACAAAGCUUGACAGUUAUAAUGCCGGGAGAUCGUGUUGCAAAAUUCAUAGCAAUGCCGUGUCCUUGUGAACCGCCACGAGAACACAAGAUCACCAUAGAACAAGUUGAGAAGCCAUCAUUGAAACCGCCAUAUAUAGUUGUUCCCAUGUAUAUAAAUUGAUACAUUAAAGUUCUUCUCAUCUCCGUUCUCAAUUGUACAUAAAUUGUUCCGAAAUACACAAAAGUGAAAACUUAUUCGUCUUUUGAUGUUUUGUGCAACCCUUGUAGCUUAGGCGCGUCUGUUUGUUAAGAAAAUGAAGUUU